AUGCUCAGCCACAAUCGCAGCAGCAGCAGCCGGCGUUCGGCGCUCCUCGACCGGUCGGCAGUGUCGCGACUCGACCACAGUCUCAACAGUCCACCUUUGGCGCACCUCGCCCCUUCAAUGGCGGACAGCAACCGAGACCACAGCAAUCGAGCUUCAACACUUCACGCCCUUUCACAAAUGGUCCACCAUCCCAAUCACAUUCGCAACCGCAGCAGUCAUCGACGUUUGGCAGCAGACCGAGACCGUUCACCUCGCGACCGACGGGGCCCAGCUUUGCGCAGGAGGGUAGACCUCCGCAUUCAGGCUCGUUCCGAGGAGCAAGAGGCGGAGGUACCAUUCGUCCCGUCAGACCUUUCGCGUCGCAUGCGAAUGCCGGAAAGCAGUCGUCAUCUUCGUUCGGCGGUCAAUCAGGCGUAG